AUGAUCCCCCAUAGCGAGAAAGCGUCUCGACUAGAUGUCGAAAGAUCCUAUGAGUCAACAGCCGACCAAUUUCACCCCCUUGAUACUCAUGCGCAUGAUAAAUCGAGCCAGACAAAAGAUUAUCUCGAAUUACAAAAGUGGAACUAUCCGAAGGGCAACGUGCCGCGGCUCGGUUUUGCAUUCUUGUCUUUCAUCAUUGCCGGCAUGAACGACGCUGCAGUUGGGCUUGAGAAAUACUACGAUCUCAACUAUACAACAGCACAUAUUCACUUACGUUGGGGCCAGAGAGGAGUCGCCAUUCUGGCGCCUAUGUGUCAUGUCAUUGCGUUCACCAUCGUCACAAUUCACCCACCGUUUUCUGCUCUGGUUGUGCUCUAUGGCUUGAGUGGAUUUGGUAACGGACUGGCCGAUGCUGCGUAUUGUGCCUGGGUUGGAGCUAUGGACAAGUCGAAUCAGAUUCAAGGCUUUAUGCAUUCUUGUUACUCUCUGGGUGCACUAUGCGGGCCUCUCAUCUCGACUUCGAUGGUCGUUCACUCAGGCUUGCCAUGGUACUCGUUUUUCUACGUCAUGGUUGGUAUAUCGGCCGUUGAGUGGGCUGGACUAAUGUUAACCUUUUGGCGAAAGACUGGCGCAGUGUACCGAGCGGAGAAUUCAGCGGGAGGAGAAGACACGGGUGCAGGUGCUCUUUAUUUCUUUACCUACAUGGGAGUCGAAGUGGGGCUUGGUGGCUGGAUUGUCACAUUCAUGUUACGUACCCGAAAAGCAACAGCAUUCUCAUCAGGUGUUUCGGGUUCGGGUUUCUGGGCCGGUCAAACUCUGGGGCGGGUAACCCUGGAUUUUGUGACGGAGAGAUAUGGCGAGCGAAUUUGCAUCACGAUCUAUCUUGCCUUUGCUGUUGCCAUGCAGCUCAUCUUUUGGCUUGUGCCUAGCUUCAUGGCUUCUGCCAUCGCCGUGGUUUUCUUAGGAGUCUUCCUUGGUCCCAUGUUCCCGGGUGCCAUCACAGUAACUGCUAAGUUACUUCCCAAGCGCAUCCAUGUAAGUGCGAUAGGCUUUGCAAUGUCGAUGGGAGGCACUGGCGGAACUAUUUUCCCUUUUAUUAUUGGUCCACUUGCGUCCAAGUAUGGCGUCUGGGCUAUGCAGCCUUUUAUUCUUGGACUUCUAAUCGUGAUAGCGGCUACAAGUUUUUGCUUUCCCCGAGUCUCGAGAUAA